AUGAUGGCAGCUGCAGGCGCAGUCGUCCAGCAUUACGUCAAGCUGCCCUUCUUGAAGGACGUGCCCUCCGGGGUGACGGCCCUUCAGACGACCAAAGGUCUGUUGGCUGCUGGCGUGCUUUUCGCUGCCUGUGGUUACGUGGAGACAAAGGAUGAUGCCAAAGAGCCCGGAAACUUCGGCGACCCGGCGGGAUGGUCGCAGACCGGCUCUUACAGCAAGACCAUGCGCGAGCGAGAGCUGAACAACGGCCGAUUUGCCAUGACGCUUGGCCAGACGAGAUGCUCCUAUCGGUUUGCCAUCGUGGGCAUCAUUGCCGGAGAGGUGGUUUCUGGAAAGGAUGCCAUUGAGCAGCUGACGCUGAAGACGCCCCAGCCACCGACCCCGGUGCUGGCGGAAGUGGCAGCGCAGACCCCGGUGCUGGCGGAGGUGGCAGCACAGACCCAGGCCGUGAGCAAGGCCAGCCACGCACAGGAGGCUCUGACGAAGGGCAACACGACGCAAGCAGAGGAGAGGGCAGAGACUGAGGCCGAGGAGGUCUCAGAUACGGGCACUGAGCCGGAAGGGGAGGAGAUGCUCUCCGACGAGACCGAAGUGCAAGAGGACGGGGUGGACGAGGACUUGUCGCCUCAGUCAGAUGAAGAUCCGUCUGAUGAGAAGUUGGAUCCUGAGCAAACUGUGGACGUCCCCGCCGGUGCGGCGGUUUCGGCCGCCGCAGAGUCCGAGGACGAGUCUGACGAGUGCAUGUGGGGGGCAGCGGCCACGGGAGCAGACGUUGGCUGGGCCCUCAGCCAGAGAUGGGCUUUGAUUGCCGCCAAGGUUUUCAGUCUGGCUGCCGUUCCUUUUCAUUCAGCCGGUGCUGCGGCAGACGAGAUCGAGGAACCUGUGGUCACGCUUGGCCGGAUGGAGGACCCCGGGCGCAUGUCCGACGCCGGAUACUGCGCGCGCGAGGAGGUGGAGAUGCUGUGGAAGCAAAAGUCACGCAUGGACGCUCUCUUCGACGGAGGUCACAGAGAGGCCUACUGGAUGGCUCGUGAUGAGAUCUAUCCUGAGGCCGGCCAUCGGGGCUCUGACCGUCAGCCCUUGGGCAACAGAUCCGGGGACAAAAUCGAGGAGAUCGUCACUGCAGUUGGGAGGCUGAAGGAGGUGCUGAAUCGAUGCAAGGCCAAGGGCCAGCUGGUGUUCGCAGAUGUUUGCGGUGCGCCUGGUGCAUGGUCCAAGUACUUCUUCAAGCUGGGUGCCGAGGCCGAGUGUGCCGUCCGCGGCUUCGGCUUCAGCCUCCGCGAAGGCACCAACGCCUUGAGCUGCACCUGGUUCCCCGAGGACUUGGUGAAGCGCGAGAACUUUGUGGAGCUAUGGGGAGCUGACGGGAGCGGAAAUGUCUGCCUGCCCUCAAACGUGGCUCACGCUGCUGCCGAAGUUGGACGAGCAGCAGAUGUGGUGAUGGCAGAUGGAGGCUUCUUGGUCAACAAAGGAAGCAACGGUGAACACAUGGAGAACUACCAGGAGAUCGUCUCUGGCAGCAUCCUACUGGCCGAGGUGCGGUUUGCACUCGAAACUCUGCAAGAAGGAGGGUGCUUCAUUUGCAAGUUUUUUGACACCUUUACGCAUGUCAGUUGCAGCCUGCUCUAUGUGGCUGCGGCACUUUUCCAGCAAGUGGAUAUUGUCAAGCCACGCCACAGCAGGGUCGUGAACUCUGAGCGAUAUCUGGUGGCACAGGGCUUCAAGGGCCCGGCCACACCAUGCUUUGCGACGCUCCGGGCCGCAGUGCAGCGCGCACAAGAACAGUGGCCGCGGCCAGCCGGCACCUGGGAAGGCGAGGCACCUCUCUGGGUGGUGCAGCCGUCUCAUUUAGAAGCAGCUCCCGCGUUCCUUGCAUCGGCGAGUGGAAUGGCAAGGUCGCUGUGCAGGCGACAGACCGAGGCCCUGCAGGCCGUGAUGGACCGAGCCGAGCAGAUCGUGAGAGACGGGAGCUUGGAGUCCCGGCCCAAGAAGCGCCGCCGGCCCCGCGACCGCCGGGACGAGCGUCCAGGUCAGAGCCACGUCACGCCUGCUUCCAUGCAACGCAGACUUCUCGGCGAGGCUCCCGGACGGGCGAUGCUCACGCAGUGCUCCAGGAAGAAAAAAGUCACUGCCGUCAUCCGCAAGCACACGUAA